AUGGAGACCGGCCCACUGGAUUGGCAACAACUUUCCGGUAUCCUAAAGGAAUACAACGAUGAACACACCCUCUUGCUGGAAACUCUCGCCACGCAAGGCCUCGCGAUGCGGCAGGCCUGCAAAAAGAAAUCGCUCGUUCUGAAGCUGCACAACGGCCGCCGCAUUAUCUAUGGUAUCUCAAAGGUGCCGCAGGCGGCAUAUUUCGGUGCGGGAGCCGCCGUCGCUGCGCUAUCGGGACCGGCAGUUAUCCCGAUUUGUGUCGCCUGCGGGGCCGCAUGCUAUUUGAUCACGACUGUCUGGGAUGGGGCGCAAACCGACGAGUUCGAAGUGAGAAACGUGCCGGAAAGCCACAUAUCGAUGAACGUCUGUGAGGCGGUAGGGCACCAGGAGCAGCCGUCCACCAUGCACGCGUUCUCAUUGCAUGCCACCAUGGAGAAGACCGGAGCCGCCUUGUCACUGUCCCAAAUGGACCGACUAUUCACGUUGGGGAUGAUACGCGCUUCUAUGGAAGACCAGACGGUGGUCAGGCUGAUCCGGGACAAGAUCCUGCCGCCGAUAAGCGGAUCGUCGGUUGGCCGCAGAAACGAGAAGGCAUAUCAUCCCCUCAUUUCGGAGUUGAUCAUGCGAAAGGAAGCCGAACUGAACCUGGUCGAGCUCUAUUCAUUUCUCCAAUUUAUCAUUCGCUCCAAUCACCUCGACAGCUUCUAUCGUGUCACUGGGUAUUCGCGUUUGAUACAUGGUGCGCAGCCUACAAGCGUCUUGCAGCAGGGUUCGCGGCAGCAACAACUACAGAAUUCGGUGAGGGUAAACACCUACAACAGGGGCCAGGCGAAACCCCACAAAAUGUUGAAGCUGUGCCUCUUUAACGAGGAGAGGCCCCAAGCCAUCGAAGAGAAUUUCGCCGAAUUGCUGCGCAUCGUCGAUGGUAAGCCGGUAAUUUUUGUGGGACUAUUCGGCCCGGCACGCCAGGGAAAAACGAUGCUGCUGGAACUGUUUAGACUCCUCGGCCUGGGAACGACAAAUUGGGAUCGCUGGAAUACGGAGAUCGGGGGUCCUGAAAGCAUGCAUUUCGUCUCCGGCAGUGACGCCAUCACCGAAGGCCUAGAAGUGUCAUCAACACCGAUUCUAGCCAGGGAUAAAAAUGGAAAAGAGUGUUACAUUCUGUUGAUCGACACCCAAGGGAUGUAUGUCGCCGGCGAUCCGGCUGCGAAGAGCAACUUCGUCCAUACCAUUUUUGCGACCGGCAGCGUUGAUGCGCUCAACUAUGACCGAUUGGCACAAAAUAUCGAAAGACCGGCCGAUGAGGCGCUGCUGAGAGACAACUUCAAGCCGGUACUCUUUAUCGUGGAUAGGGACACAAAAAAUCCCCUUACUGGCGUCGAAACAGGCCUGUAUGCCAGGCUUUGCAAAAUCGAUGGGUUCAAAAGUCAAACUGCCGACGUGUUGGACCGCCGUUUCGCCGAUGUCCACCUGAUUUUGGGUGCCUUUGCCGAAGAAGUCGGCCAACGAACCUGCGCACAUUUUCUGGAGCUUUUCACGGCAUCGCGCCAUCAGAUACUGGAAGCAUCAAAUGAGCUACGGUUUGAUGACGCCAUCGCCGAAGUGCAACGGCUCAUUGAAAAUGUUAGAGCGUUUCACGCCAAGGAGAUGCUGGUCGGCAACGAAGCCUUCAUUGCGCAAGAGUUCAGGAAACUUGAACCGCUUUUCCAUGCAAUGGUCGACGAUUUGACAAUGAUGCUCGCCGAAGAGCGCUUUCGCGCCGAUCUUCCUCAUUUGAUCCGGUCCAUGGCGGCUAGCUUGCCAGUCAACGUUGCAAAUAGAGCCGAAUGGCUGCAAAAUCAACUUUCCGGGCAGAUAGACCUUGCAGGCUCGGAGUAUCUGGCCGGCGCAGCGUACCAUAACCCCGGCCAGCCA